ACCCGGACUUCCGGGUUGGGAACCCGCGGCGGAGUGAGGAUUCUUUGAGUUUGGGGCGGGCGCCCCGGCUGCCCGCGGGGCCCAGGACGAGAUGCACCGUCGCGGGGUGGGCGCCGGCGCCAUCGCCAAGAAGAAGCUUGCCGAGGCCAAGUAUAAGGAGCGGGGGACAGUCCUGGCCGAGGAUCAGCUGACCCAGAUGUCCAAGCAGCUGGACAUGUUCAAGGCCAACCUGGAAGAGUUCGCCAGCAAACACAAGCAGGAGAUCCGGAAGAACCCUGAGUUCCGCGUGCAGUUCCAGGACAUGUGUGCGACUAUCGGGGUGGACCCCCUGGCCUCUGGAAAAGGCUUCUGGUCGGAGAUGCUGGGCGUGGGCGACUUCUACUAUGAGCUGGGUGUGCAGAUCAUCGAGGUGUGCCUGGCACUGCGGCACCGCAACGGAGCAGGUCUGAUAACUCUGGAAGAGCUGCACCAGCAGGUGCUCAGGGGAAGGGGCAGGUUCGCGCAGGACGUGAGCCGAGACGACUUGAUCAGGGCCAUCAAGAAACUCAAGGCGCUGGGCACAGGCUUUGGCAUCAUCCCGGUGGGUGGCACCUACCUCAUCCAGUCUGUGCCCGCUGAGCUCAACAUGGACCACACGGUGGUGCUGCAGUUGGCAGAGAAAAAUGGUUAUGUGACAGUCAGUGAGAUCCAGGCCAGCCUCAAGUGGGAGACAGAGCGUGCCCGCCAGGUGCUGGAGCACCUGCUCAAGGAGGGGCUGGCCUGGCUGGACCUGCAGGCGGCUGGUGAGGCACACUACUGGCUGCCUGCACUGUUCACCGACCUGUACUCGCAGGAGAUCACAGCCGAGGAGGCCCGCGAGGCCCUACCCUAACUCAGCCCAGGUCCUGCCGGGGCCGAGCGCCUGGCAGUUGUCUGAAUAGAAAAUAAAAGGUUCAAGUUUU